CGGGCGGCGGCGGCGGCGGCGGGCCGGGGCGCGUUCCAGACGCCCUCGGGCAGGGCGCGGGCUGCAGCGUCUCGGUGGGGUUCCGGAGGCUGUGGGGGCCCUGGCUCCAGAUGCGGAAGCCAUGGAGUUGAGCUGCAGCGAUGUUCCUCUAUACGGGCAGAUGACCGUCUAUGCAAAGUUUGGCAAAAAUGUUUAUCUUCCUGAAGAUGCCGAGUUUUACUUUAUUUAUGAUGGAUCUCAUCAGAGACACAUCGUGAUUGCACGGCGCACUGAGGAUAAUGUUCUCCAAUCCAGCGUUCCAGGCCACGGGCUUCAGGAGAUGGUGAUGGUGUCUGUGUGCCUCUGCUCAGAAGGUUACUCCCCGGUGAUCAUGGGCUCUGGCUCCGUGACCUACGUGGACAACAUGGCCUGCAGGCUGGCUCGUUUGCUGGUCACCCAGGCUGAUCGCCUCACAGCUGGUAGUCAUCAGACCUUGCUGACUCCAUUUGCCCUGACGGCGGGAGCUUUGCCUGCUUUGGAUGAGGAGCUCGUCCUGGCUCUGACCCAUCUGGAGAUGCCUCUUGGGUGGACUGUCUUGGGAAAUUACUCACUUGAAGUGUCUUUAUGCAGAGAGUCUCUUCUACACCUGGCUAUGAGAUGGGGCCUGCCUAAGCUCUCUCGUUUCCUCUUGUGUCUCCCUGGGGGAGUCCAGGCUUUGGCUUUACCCAAUGAAGAAGGUGCCACCCCAUUAGACUUAGCUUUACGUGCCGGAUACUCCGAGCUGGUUGAAGACAUCACAAAUUUCCAGGGCAGACGUUUCCCCGACUUUUCCCGGGUGCAGCUCAGUGAAGAUGCCUUCCUGCAGUAUAUUCACUCCUCAGAAACGCUGACCUUGACUCUGAACCACACGGCUGAGCAUUUGUUGGAGGGAGAUAUUAAACUCUUCAGGAAAUACUUUUGGGACAGAGCCUUUCUCCUCCAGGCUCUUGAAGAUCAAGAAGCCAGGCCGGAGGAAAGACAAGACAUGCCUUCCAGUGCUGCAGAAACUGAAGAAGAGAUUAAGAAUUUGGUGUCUGGCAGAUCAUCACCGGAAAAGGAAGACGAUGUAAAGUGUGUGGAAAGCCCGGUGGUUCAACCGAAGGAACACGAAGACCGGGACAGUCUAGACGCGGAUCACUCUUUUGAUGUCUUCAAAAAAUCCAAGCGUUCCCCAGCAUUCUCUGCUGCAGGCCAGCUCUCUGACGUGCUGAAUGGUGGCGAUGAAGUUUAUGCCAACUGUAUGGUGAUAGAUCAGGUUGGCGAUUUGGAUAUUAACUACAUUAACAUAGAAGGUAUCACUACAAACACCUGCCCUGAAUCGAUGGGUUCUACUCUGGGACCUCAGAGCUGCAAGCAUAUCCUUGCUGCGGAAACCAGCCAUGGAAAAUACCCGCUAAGUGAGAAGAAGGAAGUGGCCUCAAGUACUGAAGCUCGGCAGUCCUUCGCAUCACCUUCUGGUUCAUAUGCUUCCGAUUUUAAUCUUUCUUUUGGUCUUCAUGGAUUUGAAAAGGAACAAAGUCACCUAAAGAAAAGAAGUUCCAGCCUCGAUGCCCUGGAUGCCGACAGUGAAGGGGAGGGGCAUUCUGAACAUUCACACGUUUGCUACACUCCAGUGUCUCAGAGUUCCUCAAGAACCGGGAUCCCUAGUGGGGAUGAAUUGGACUCUUUUGAGACCACCCCUGAACCAGAUUUUAGUAUCUCCAGGACCGAGUCCCUUUCUUUAUCAAGUAACCUGCAGUUGAAGGAAUCAUUACUUUCUGGAGUCCGCUCACGUUCUUAUUCCUGCUCAUCGCCCAAAAUUUCUUUAGGAAAAACUCGGUUGGUGCGUGAUUUUACGUUGUGCGGUUCCAGUGAAGAGCAAAGAGCUUACAGCUUACCGGAGCCACCAAGAGACAAAAGAAUUCAGCAAGAAGAAUGGGAUAAAUAUAUUAUACCUGCCAAGUCAGAGUCUGAAAAAUACAAAGUGAGCCGAACUUUCAGCUUUCUCAUGAAUAGGAUGACAAGCCCUCGGAAUAAAUCCAAGACAAAAAGCAAGGACGCCAAAGACAAAGAGAAACUGAGCCGACAUCAGUUUGUCCCUGGAACAUUCUCUGGGGUUCUACAGUGUUUGGUUUGUGAUAAAACGCUCCUGGGGAAGGAGUCAUUCCAGUGUUCCAACUGUAAUGCAAAUGUACACAAGGGCUGUAAAGACGCUGCCCCUCCAUGUACCAAGAAAUUCCAAGAGAAACAUAACAAGAACAAGCUGCAGACCACCCUUGGAAAUUCUUCAUUCCGAGAUAUCCCGCAACCUGGUCUCUCCUUGCACCCUUCUUCCUCCAUGCCUAUUGGAUUGCCCACUGGGAGAAAAGAAACUUCAGUGCAGGUCCAUCCAUUGUCCAGAAGUGUUCCAGGCACUACCUUGGAAAGCUUCAGAAGGUCAGGGCUAUCCUUGGAGUCUGAGAGUGACGGGAACAACUGGAGAAGCAGGUCUCAUUCCGAUGAGCUUUUACAGUCUAUGGGCUCUUCUCCUUCCACGGAGUCCUUUUUAAUGGAAGAUGUCGUGGAUUCUUCUCUGUGGAGUGACCUCAGCAGUGAUGCCCAGGAGCUGGAGGCAGAAUCUUGGAGCCUGGUGGUGGAUCCCUCGUUUUGCAGUAAGCAGGGGAAGGAUGUCAUCAAAAGACAGGAUGUCAUUUUUGAGCUGAUGCAAACAGAGAUGCAUCACAUCCAGACCCUGCUCAUCAUGUCCGAGAUCUUCAGGAAAGGGAUGAAGGAGGAGCUCCAGCUUGAUCACAGCACCGUGGAUAAAAUCUUUCCUUGCUUAGAUGAGUUACUUGAAAUCCACAGGCAUUUCUUUUCUAGUAUGAAGGAGCGAAGGCAGGAGUCCUGUGCUGGUGAUGACAGAAAUUUCAUCAUCAAUCGCAUUGGAGAUAUUCUGGUACAACAGUUUUCAGAAGAAAAUGCAAAUAAAAUGAAGAAAGUAUAUGGAGAAUUCUGUAGCCAUCACAAAGAAGCCGUUAGCCUCUUUAAAGAACUCCAACAAAAUAAAAAGUUUCAGAAUUUUAUUAAGCUUCGAAAUAGUAACCUUUUGGCGCGACGCCGAGGAAUCCCAGAAUGCAUUCUGCUAGUCACUCAGCGUAUCACAAAAUACCCUGUCCUGGUGGAAAGGAUUUUGCAGUAUACAAAGGAAAGAAGUGAAGAACAUAAAGACUUGUGCAAAGCUCUGUGCUUAAUUAAAGACAUGAUUGCCGCUGUGGAUUUAAAAGUCAGCGAGUAUGAGAAAAACCAAAAAUGGCUUGAGAUCUUGAAUAAGAUCGAAAACAAAACCUACACAAAGCUCAAAAAUGGCCACGUGUUUAGGAAACAAGCACUGAUAAGUAAAGAAAGGACUCUGUUAUAUGAUGGCCUUGUUUACUGGAAAACUGCCACAGGUCGUUUCAAAGAUAUCCUGGCUCUCCUCCUAACUGAUGUGCUGCUCUUUUUACAAGAAAAAGACCAGAAAUACAUCUUUGCAGCUGUUGAUCAGAAGCCAUCAGUUAUUUCCCUUCAGAAGCUUAUUGCUAGAGAAGUUGCUAAUGAGGAAAGAGGAAUGUUUCUAAUCAGUGCUUCAUCUGCCGGUCCUGAGAUGUAUGAAAUUCAUACCAACUCCAAGGAGGAACGGAAUAACUGGAUGAGACGGAUCCAACAGGCAGUAGAAAGUUGCCCAGAAGAAGAAGGGGGAAGGACAAGUGAAUCUGAUGAGGAGAGACGGAAAGCUGAAGCAAGAGUGGCCAGAAUUCAGCAAUGUCAAGAAAUCCUCAGUAACCAAGACCAACAAAUUUGCACAUGUUUGGAGGAGAAGCUGCAUAUCUAUGCUGAGCUCGGAGAAUUGAGUGGACUUGAGGAUGUCCAUCUAGAGCCCCACCUCCUCAUUAAGCCUGACCCAGGAGAGCCUCCCCAGGCAUCCUCAUUAGUGGCAGCGGCACUGAAAGAAGCCGAGAGCCUGCAGGUUGCAGUGAAGGCCUCACAGACGGGCGAGGCAUGCCAGUCAUCCGAGGAAGGUUGCGGAGAAUCUGCCUUGACAGAUACGCUGGGUCCCCCUGACGUGCCAGGAUCUUCUACAGCUUCACUAGUCACAGAAAGGACAGGAGGAAGAGGCUGUUGGGAUGUGGAUCCUGGGACCCAGGGUGUGGGAACCGACCUGGCGGUCCCUGAUGCAGGGGAGAAGGUGGAAUAUAGAAGUUUCCCAGGUUCUUCACAGUCAGAGAUUAUACAAGCGAUACAGAAUUUAACCCGGCUCUUAUAUAGCCUUCAGGCGGCCUUGACCAUUCAGGAUAGCCACAUCCAGGUCCACAAGCUGGUUCUCCGGCAACAGGAGAGCCUCUCCCCGGGCCUGUCUUCUCGAGGGGGCCCGCUCUUUCAGGACCAGGAGAAGGCCCGCCACCUGGAGAAGCAGCGGGAAGAGCUGGCCAACAUCCACAAGCUCCAGUACGAGUUCCAGCAGGAUCAGCGGCGCUGGCACCGCAGGUGCAACCAGCAGCAGCGGGAGCAGGAGGCCAAGGCGAGCCGCCUGCGGGAGCGCGAGAGGGAGUGCCAGUCCCAGGAGGAGCUGCUGCUGAGGAACCGCGGGGAGCUGGACCAGCAGCUCCAGGAGUACCAGCAGAACCUGGAGCGGCUGAGGGAGGGCCAGCGCCUGGUGGAGAGGGAGAGGGAGAGGAUGCGGGUCCAGCAGAGCCUGCUGUGUGGCUGGAAACACAGUCGGCAGAGUAGCCUUCCCGCAGCAUUUUCUCCAGGAAGCACAGAGGUAAUGGAACUUAAUCGAUCCGAGAGUUUGUGUCAUGAAAAUUCAUUCUUCAUUAAUGAAGCUCUAGUACAAAUGUCACUUAACACUUACAACAAAUCGACUCCAUCGGGUGUCCAUCAGGAUGCCACUUAUCCCCAGAAUAUAUCUAAUUCGGAUUUGGUAAGGACUAGUGAAAAUCAAGUAGACCUCCACCUGGACGUUUCUCAGGCCUUGGAUGUCAACCAUGAACUGUGGACAGCUGCUGGGUCCUGUCAUCAGAUACCCCCUCUCCACCAAAGCAGCAAGGAUUCUUGUACAAAUGAUUUGGACAUCUCUGAGACUGAGUUUCCAGCCUCCCAGGACUCACAUCCACAUGGCUCUCAGCGGCAGACAUUUACGGCCGAAGCAAAGCUAAAUCUUCAGACAUUGACUGGACAAGACCAGGAGACUGGAGAUGAUGCUGAAGAAAACAUUGUUUACCUCUAAUUGUGUUAUUAUUUUUCUGAGCAAAACACAACACUGGCAUUUAGUGGAGAUUUUUUUUUUUUCAUUUCCUGAUGUUCGUGUGAAUGUGUCUAAAUUGCUGUAAGAGUAAUAUUUAAUAUUUCAUGCAAGUUCAGUUUUUGGGCAUGGGUCCAAAUAAAUUAUUGAAAGCA